AAAGACCCUAACCAAUAAAAAGCGCAUUCUUGUUUUUAUUUUCUUUCAUUCAAAAAGAACAAGAAGAGAAGAAAAGUUUCAAGUAUGAUGAAAAGACAACUAGUUCUCGUACUACUCUUAGUUGCUAUUUUCGUUGUUGUCUUGAACGUUACGCAAGUCGAAGCCGUGAGGUCUUUCCCUGUGGACGUCGAUGAGAUCAGGCUAAUGUUGCAGGUGCUGCAAAGAGGUCCGGUUAGAGGCUCUGGUAGGAACGGUUGCACCAAUAUUCCUCGCAGCGGUUCAGGAAGGUGUCGCCACGGCUAAACCUGUUAUACGAUACUUCUUCUGUCUUUACCAUUCUUUGAUUCUUUUUUUUUUGCAACAUUUGUGUGUUUACGUACAUAAUUACAUAUACGUAGUUAUACGAUAGCUUUAGACUUGGUCUCAUAUCAUUUGAGUUGUAAGCAACAGAAAUAUAACUGGUUUAUUUAGUAUGUGUGUUCUCG